ACGCGGUCAGUCGCACUUCGGGCCCCGUUCGCGGCAGACGUGUUCUCUCUCAUUUAUCUUUUUAUCACGCCAACUUCUCUAACAAUUAUCUCAUUUCUUUUUUGUUUCAUUCGAGGACAACAGACAACAUUUCGUACAUGAUGAAGCUUAACGAGAGAUAAGCAUUCAAUAUCGGGAGGUGAAUUUUGUAUAAAAAAAAAGAAAAAAAGAAAAUAAGAGGUGUGAAAUAUUCGGUGGGUGCACACGUUCGGAACUAAACACACACAUUACACACACACACACAAAAAUAAGAAAAAAUAAAAUCUUCUUUUUCACGAACGAAAAGAAGAAAGAAGAGAGAUAGAGAGAAGCUGUUAUAUUCGUCCGAGAGACAAUCGAUAAAAUAGAAGAAUCAAAAUGGUGGUGUUCGGUUUGGUCUCGGCGGUCGCCGGGUUCGUCAAGAUAAGAUAUCUCAUCGACAAAGCUAUCAUCGAUAACGUAGUAUUCAGAAUUCAUUAUAGAAUCACUGCUGCGAUUUUAUUCGCCUGUUGCAUCAUUGUCACUGCCAAUAAUUUGAUAGGGGAUCCAAUAAAUUGUAUAUCGGAUAAUGCGGUACCAACUCACGUGAUAAAUACAUAUUGCUGGAUAACAUACACAUUUACAUUGCCGACAAAUAACAUGAAAGAAGUUGGUACCCAAGUAGCUCAUCCCGGUCUUGGUGGAGAUUACAACGAAAAGAAACUCUAUCAUUCGUAUUAUCAGUGGGUACCCUUCAUGCUAUUCUUCCAAGGUAUUCUCUUUUACGUGCCGCAUUGGAUGUGGAAGCAGUGGGAGGAAGGCAAGGUCAGAAUGAUAUCCGAUGGUAUGAGGGGUGCCAUGGUUGAAACCAAGCAGGAACGUGAGAUCAGGACUAACAAAUUGGUCGAAUAUAUCUUGGAUACUUUGCAUUUGCACAACAGUUAUGCUACCGGUUAUUUCUUCUGCGAAUUACUUAACUUCGUCAACGUUGUUGGCAACAUGUUUUUCAUCGAUACGUUCCUGGGCGGUGCAUUUUUAACAUACGGCACGGAAGUGAUAACAUUCAGCAACAUGAAUCAAGAACAUCGUACCGAUCCGAUGAUCGAAAGAUUUCCAAGAGUAACCAAAUGUACAUUCCAUAAAUUUGGUGCUUCCGGUUCUGUACAAAAGCUCGACGCUUUAUGCGUUUUAGCUUUGAAUAUUCUUAACGAGAAGAUAUACAUUUUCCUUUGGUUCUGGUUCAUUUUAUUAGCUGUUUUAUCAGGAUUAGCUGUUCUAUACAGUAUGGCGAUCGUUCUUUUACCUAGCACUCGCGAAACCAUUCUAAGGAAACGAUUUAAAUUCGGUUCGGCAUCGGAUGUCAGUACGCUCAUCAGAAAAACUCAAGUCGGUGAUUUCCUGUUGAUACAUCUGUUAGGUCAGAACAUAAACUCGAUGUUGUUUACCGAAGUAUUGAAGGAACUCUGCCAUCGGUUGCACCAUGGUUCAGGAAGCAGCGCGUCACCCACGUCAGUUCCAUCAGCACCGAGCACGUUAGAGAUGUCACCGAUUUAUCCAGAAAUCGAAAAAUUCUCAAAGGACACGGAGAUCUAAAAAACUUUUCAUAUACAACGCUACUACCACCCCUAGCCCCAGCCCCAUCUCCACCACACCCCCCAGUUUGUAUUUCCUUCCUUACAUCCCCCGUUAUUAUAAUUUUCCUAUCCAAUUGUAUUUCUAAUUUUGAUUAUUGUGAUAAUUAUCCCGUCGGUGCCUUCAACGAUUAUCCUUUUUUAUUUUUUCUUUUUUGUUUCCUCUCGUUUUUCUUUCACACUUUUCGUCCCACGCGAAAAAAAGAUGAUGCGUAUUUUUCUCAUUUUUUGAUUUUAUUAUUUUCCUUUUGCGAAAGAAAAAUAUAUUUUUCUUUUUUUUUGUAUUAUCGAUUUUUUUGUCCAAACAUCGUAAUCAUCAUCAUCACCACCAUCAUCAUCAUCAUUGUCAUUAUUAUUAUCGAUCGAUAGAUCGAUAGAUCGAAGCACGACGAGCCAAGACUAGAUUUGUAUUUUUAGACGAACUACGAGAUUAAAAAUUCUCGGCAACGAAUCGAGACAAUGAAUCUCUUAUGAUUAAUUCUCAUUCCAUUUUUGUUCUAUCGAAUUUAAGGGAGCAUAAUUUUUGUGUUUUUAGUUUAUUUUUUUCUUUCUCUCAUGGAUAGUUAUGAAUUAGAACACGUUUAGAUACACGUUUAGUGUUUAGAGAUUUUUUAUUUUUUUUUGAUUUUAUUAAAAUUCUAAUUAUAGAAAAUUGAAAACGUAUUCGUUCUACCGAGUUCAUUUCUUUCUUUUUUAAAUCAUCGAAUUUAUGAAAGAUUUAGAAAUAAUGCGAAUUUCUUAUAUCGAGUAUAGUAAAAAAUAAAAAAGAAAAAAAAAAUUAAGGGAGACAUAUAGAACCAUUGUACAAUUUGCUAAUUAUUAAAGAGAAAAGAACAAACAAACAAAAAUAUAUUAAUCGAAGAAGGUAACACAACACUCGUUAUUUCUGUUCUCUCAUCCGCGAGACGUUCGUUUCGAUUCCGUAAGAAUUUUUAAUUAGUCCUCUUAAUGUGAAAAAUUUACGUACGUAAUACGUAAACAUAUUACAAACAUAAACGCGAACGAAUUUUUAGUUUGACGUAAGAUUUAAAAAGUUAGCGAGUAAGAGAGAGAGAAAAAAAAAAGUGGGAGAGACUAAUCUUCAAGAUUUUUUAUUUUCUUUUCUUUUUCUUUUAUUUUGUAAGUUAAACGAACAGUAAUUAACGUUGCUAGAUUAUAGGAUCCUAUUUUGUUCACUUUAAUCAUAGUUUUCUCUAUUCCUUUACACAUUCCUUCUUUUUUUUUUUUAAUUAAA